AUGCGCUUUGCCCAGAUUUUCAUGCUUGCCGCCACCAUCUCUGGUGCAUUUGCUGGCAAGAACUGCAAAUGCCAGGACCCAAGCGGUAAAGGCCCUCAGUGGAAUGACCUGACCAAGCAAUGCUGCAACGGAGAUGUCAACGCCGCUUGUUUCUUUGCACCUAACUUUCCCGGCCCCAACAACCAGGUUCGUUACUUCGGCUCUUCUGAAAAUAGCCAUGUGAUCAUUCUUGGUUUCUGUGCUGGCCUCCGUGACAGUGUACUGGUGUUGGCAACUGUCUCAACUCCGGUGCUUUCAACGAUUGCUGCAAGAGUAAGGGGGCUCCUGGAGCCUACUGCUGGUGAUCGUCUUGCCGAAGUCGUUCGUCCAGGUAGAUCUGCAUACCCCAACAAAACCAAGAGGGCUGCAGCAACAAACUACAAGGACUAUCGCGGUGAAACGAACGGGCAGAAUAGCAUUGAAACUGAUUGA